AUUCAAUUUAUUUUUUUUAUAUGAAGUUUGACAUUCAGUUUUUAUUUUUGUUGCAGGGAAAUUUUCCUUUUUUAUUAUUAAACAAUUACUAAUAAUAAAAACUAAUUGCAUCAAACGCGUAAAUGUUUGACAAACACAGUGUUACAAAAUAACAUACUCUAAUUUGGUGAUAAAAACAGAAUACGACUAUGGAUACCUUAUCACCCGGAAACCUCAGCAACCAGAAGCAGCAUUUGGCUUUACGGGUAGCUUUGGAUACAAUGAAAGAUCGUUGCAUUUUACAGCAGAAAAGACUUUCAGAAUUGGAAGAGGAAAAUCAACAAUUACGCGAACGCUUGACACAAAACACCAAAACAAACAACAGCAAUGCGUCACACAAUGCUGGUGGAGUGGCUGAGAAUUUUCAAUUACGUUUGCAGGUUUCUGAAUUGCAACGACAAAAUGUACAGCUUAAUGCUCACAUCAAUAUGGUAUCCGCUGAGAAUCGCAAGCUCUGGCAGCGUCUGUCACAAAUGGCCAAAGAUCAAACAAAAAUUGUAAAGGACAAAGACACCACACUAACAAAUUCCAAUAGUGGCGGUUUGGUAGCCAGCGAUGAUGGCCUAAGUCCUCGAUCAGGUGGAAAUGGUUCAGCAAAUCAAAAUCUUAUACGCUCUAAAACAUUCACACAACAUUCUCCCAAUCCGAAUUUGCGACAUAAACUCUUAUCGGCCGAUAAUAGUGGUUCUUGUGAAAUGUUAGAUGUUAGUUUGGAGACAGAUGUAGCUCUAGAGGUCUUUGGCGACGAGAGUGGCAGACAACAGUCAAGUGCUGGCAAUGAUGCUGUUGUAAACCAGGUUGCUAUGGGUUUUGGUUAUUUAAAUGUUGAGGAUUCAUCUAACGGAUCAUCACAAGAGCAAGACUUUAAUAUAGAGGCACGAAAAUGUAUGGAGGGUUUGCAAGAGAUGCGCCGUGAAGCGAUGAAACAGCAACAUGAUUUAAAUUCAGUUUUUGCACUGCUAGAGAGUCGUAUUGCUCUACAACCCUGUCCAGAAUGUGUUAAGAAAUCCCAUAAACCUGAAAUGGCCGAUAAAAGUCUAGAAACCGAUGAGAGCUUAAAUGAUGUAACAAAAUACAACAACAGUACGGCUAAUGAUUUAAAUACUAUUUACUCAGAGUCAUCUGCUAAAAUAAUACCAGUGGUUCAAAAUAAUCACUUGAAUAUAAUACAGGACAAAAUAUUAGCCGAUGAAACCAAUAAUAUGUGUCCUAUGUGUGGAAAAAUUUACGAUAGUCAAGUAACAUUUGAAUCUUUCUGUGAGCAUGUUGAAGAACAUUUUCGUGACGAUAACAUACCGGAAGUUGAUCACAGUAUGGAGCAUAAUUUUGAGUUAAUAUCGCACACAGUAGGUGAUUUCUGACCCAACAGAAAUCGUAUAUAUUUUUCAUCAGAUUUGUAAAGAAAAAAAUAGAAGACAUAAAGAAUUAUAAAACUAAUUACAGAGA